AUGGGUGGUGAAUCGACUCCCGCGCCCAGCGACGACGCCGACUUUUCCGACAUCACAGCGGAAGAUCUCCCGCCUGCCAGCAGCGCCCCGAAGCGCGAGAAUGAGCACCGGCCUUCAACGUUCAUCCCACCGGACAAGCUCAUCCAUCCGCCAGAAGCGCUAUCGCCUGCGCGUAUUGGCUUUUUGGUUUACCGCACAACUGUGUUUGCUGUCGCAGUGGCCUACAUCGUAAUAUCGCUGCAGUCCUUCUCAACAGCGCUCCAGGUGCUCCGUGGAACCGUGCCACACGACUUGCCUGUUGAAAUCCACAAGGCAAAUCUCAUCUCCAACUACGCCGGCACUCGGACAAUCCGAGAGAGCCCUCUCGUUCAAGAAGUUCUCGGGGGAUCGACCACCCCGCGCAACGAUUCCCUCUAUCUCGCAACGGCUUCAGCUCAAUCGUUCACGACUUGUUCGGAUCUCCCUGACUUCAACAACCAAAUCUACAGCAACGAGUUCCUGCGCUUCAUCUUCUCCAGAAUGCAAGCCCACGUGUCCUACAACCUCUCGUACGUGAAGGAACUGGAGCUGAUCGUGCCAGUUGUAGACUGCACAUUCGAUCUGCUGGUGUCUGGGGACCCAGCGGUGGCGCGUGUGUACUACCUAGUCCGCAAGAAGAGCGAUCCAACCGAAGUGAAGCUAUUAUCGACAUCUCUAGCAGCUCAGGAUUACGAAGUAGGGCAGCAGUUCCAGAGAGGCCCAGGGAUGGUGCUUCUGAUCGCAGCCAUCGACGAUAUGCGAGUCAAAACACUUAACUACCACAUCGCUGUUGCGCUCAACUACCCGUAUGUGGCUGACCCUGAGUUUCUAUACUCAGAGCUCGAAGGGGUCGACGGCGACAACUACUGGUUGCUGCAAACUCUCCCGAACCAACGCACCUUGGACCCUGCAAAGCAUGUGCGCAUGGCUCGCCGGUUUGGCCGCUUCAAAGGUGAUCCAACGUCGCAGUCGAAUAUCGAGACUGCGCGACUGGAGCUAUCAAGUAACCCGGCAUCAGAGCUGCGAGAAUGGAGAUGGUACAGCCGAGCAGUACUCCUCGACUCGUGGGCUUGGACGCACGCAACCCUCGGCAUCUUCGAGCUCCGUGUCAUCUUCGACUUGAGCGUGCUGUUCUUUGUGAUCUAUCGACGCCUCCGCGCUGGCCACGUGUGGGUGGGCGACGCGUUCACCACGAUCUCAAACAUGCUGCUGUAUCGCGGCGUGUUGGUGCUUGUGUGCAAUCAUCUGAACGGGUACUGGACGAUCACGAAGAUGUGCAUCUCUAUCGGCGACUCCAUCACGGAUCAGCAUGUCAUCUACUACCGACCCGAACUGGUGCACGUCGACUUGCUCGCAGUGUACCUGAAUCUGGUGACUCUACUGAGUUAUCUCGCUCGAGAACGGGUCGACCCUUUGCUGGCAUUUCUGACCUUCGAGUUGGGAUGGAGCUACCGCGUGGAAUUGGCGAAGUUGUUUCCGGUUCUGAGGGAGAACAUCGCGGAUUUCGCUAUAGCAGACACUACUCGUGGUCUGCUGAAAGUGAACGCUGGACUGGCAGGUCUCUCUCCGAUGGAGCUGCUAACGUCGUACGAGAUCCCGGACAACCGCAUCUACGUCGUCUCGUCGAUCGUGAUCUCGAUCUUCAGCCCCAUCGUUCUCGUUGUCGGGUACAUUAUAGUUCGUAAAGUUUCUCGACUUGAAGAUCGCGGCGGAGACCACGGAAUGACUCGGCGGCGUCGCUCAACCGCUUACAUGGUUGAGGGCUUGCAGCAGAUUGAUCUCACUUCGUUCGAGUCGGCGACGGGUGCGGCUUUAAGGAAGCGCUACGGAGUGAUCUCUGGAUACGAAAACUACAUCAUGCGCGACAACCAGCUCCUGGCUACAAUCGACGCAGUCUACAGCAACGGCUUUCUCGUGGCCAACAACAGGUUCCUCGUGGCAACGCAAGACCUGAUCCCUUUGAUCACGAUGAAGCUCAUCCGCAUCCGCUUCACCAACAUCUUCGUGUACGAGAUCAUCAACGGCUGCGCUGUGAAUGAGACCUCGCGCCUCGUGUAUCCGACUACACUGACCUGGACAGACCUCAUGCACCUAGACGUGACCGUGCUCUCGUGA